UUUUUAUCUUCCUUUCCCUCUCUAUUCUCUGGAACCGGCGAUUCUUGCUAUUCCGGCGAUUCUCGGAAGAUUCGAUGGCGGAGACUGAAGCAAUUCUAGGAAGAAAGGAAAGCCUUCCCUUGAUAAAUGGCAUCUCGGGAGAUCCGUUGAAUUUACGUUUAUUCGCCGGCGAUUUACCGGCGAAGUCCGUCCGGGAAACGGGCAAGAACGAGGAGGAAACCGGCGGGGUUAAAGAAACAGUCUUGAAAGGAUUUGCGGAGGAAGGGGUUGAGCUGAGCCUUGGGCUUUCACUGAACGGGAAAUUCGGGUUUGACCCGAACAGAGCCCACAACAUGAAACGGUCAUCUUCGAUAUCGAACUUGGCCGUCCGCGGUGGAGAAGGGGAGGCGCGUGGGUUCUCGGACCACGCGCCGCUGCCUCGAGCGUGCUCGGAUGGGGAGACGGAGGAGUGGAGGAGGAAGAAGGAGGCGCAGACGCAGAAGCGUAUGGAAGCGAAGAGGAAAAGGGUGGAGAAGCUUAAUCACAGCGUGAGAGUUGUGAAAGAGAGGCGGGAGAAGGAAGAAAAGGGGAAUGGGAAUAUUGGGAAGCCAUUAUUGCCUUCAAAUUCUCAGGGAUCAUCUAUAGCUUCACAGGGCAGUGGAUCUUCUGGAGUCUCUGAUUUUGAGAGUCAACCUUUACCAGUUUCCCUUAAAAAUGAGGAAGCAACAAGAAGUGCAAGUGAUCAGUCUGAAGAGGAGGGGCCAAUGCCACCAGCUCCCAUUCUUGAACCUCCAACCAAGAACUCCGAGAAUCCCGUCACCGCCCCCGCGAAGGACAACAAUGAAGCCCUCAGGAACCUAAUGAUGAACAUGCCUUGUGUUUCGACGAAAGGCGAUGGGCCCAACGGGAAGAAGAUCGAAGGCUUCUUGUACAGAUAUAAAAAGGGAGAGGAAGUGAGGAUAAUGUGUGUCUGCCAUGGGAGCUUUCUUUCACCUGCUGAGUUUGUGAAGCAUGCUGGCGGUACAGAUGUCACGAACCCGUUGAAACACAUCAUCGUCACCCCGUCUUGUUUCUUUUAACAUGUGUUUUCAAUAACCACUUCAAUGCUUUUCACCAACCAAAAAUGGAGGAGGUGAUUUACUGAUUUUAUUAGGUUUAAGGUUAAUUAAUGUUGGGAUUGUGUUCUUUUUUGUAUGCAAGCGACAGAGCGCGAAAGGGCGCAGUUAUCAUUAGAGAUUGAUUUAACCGUGUUUAAGGAAUUUGUUUCUGCAUACAAUCAAUUGUACAAAAUCUUGAUAUAACUAGAAAUGGUUUCAUCUCUGGGUUUUAUGAAAAUUUACUUCAGAAAAGAUUACCUCCCUUUUGAUUGUAUAAAUGGUAUGUUCAUAUCGG